AUUCAAUGCAAAAUGUCGAUUCAGUGGUUGUAAGCCUGCACGAAUUUUAGAUUGUCUUCUCUUUUCGUGUUUUGUACAUUUGUUUGUAAGUGAAGAAUUUGUAGGUUGAUACAGUUUGAAUUUUUACGGAAACAAAAAAGAGGUUGAGACGAGUGGAGUAGAAUUUUACAAAUAUAUGAAUAGUUACUUUAUUCGCUAACGAAAAACUCCAGAAGUUCAAAUGGCGGAUGUUUUGGAUAUUGAUAAUGCCGAGGAGUUCGAAGUAGAUGAAGAAGGCGACCGCAUUGCACGUUUAAAAGAAAAGGCCAAGAAAAGGAAAGGAAGGGGUUUCGGGACAGACAACUCAGCUCGUGAAGACAUCCGAGAUUAUGAGUCCAUGGACGUCGAUAAUGAAAGUGAAGAGCCGGGACCACAGAGGUCGGUGGAAGGGUGGAUUCUGUUUGUGACGUCCGUCCACGAAGAGGCUCAGGAAGACGACAUUCACGACAAGUUCUCAGAGUUCGGGGAGAUUAAAAACCUGCACCUCAACCUGGACAGACGCACCGGCUUUCUGAAGGGAUACGCUCUGGUCGAGUAUGAAACCUACAAGGAGGCACAGGCGGCCAGGGAGGCUCUCAACGGGGCAGAAAUCCUGGGACAGCAGAUUGGCGUGGACUGGUGUUUUGUGAAGGGCCCCAAGAAGACAAGAAGCCGCCGCCGUCGAAGAUAAAAAUAUUUUUUCAAACCAUGUUAAACCAUGAGUAAUAUCAUAAUAAUAUACUUUUUUUUUACGUAUGUCAUUACUGCUUUCUUUCUUGAAAUACACUUUUAAACAUUGUA